CGAUUAUUCUUGCCUUUGUAGGACGGGCCUGGCUGCUUCUUGGUGACGAUACGGCUAAAUCACUUUUUCUUUGUUUUCGUCUACGUUGUUGCAUUAAAGAAUGGCAGACGACGAAUUAGAAGCAAUAAGACAGCAAAGGAUGGCCGAACUCCAGGCGAAACAUGGGGGUGGCUCAAACAAUCAGCAAGCAGAAGAAGCAAAACAAAGAGAAGAUGACAUGAGAAACUCAAUAUUAGCCCAGGUUCUAGAACAGGCAGCCCGAGCCAGAUUAAGCAAUCUGGCUUUAGUAAAGCCUGAAAAAGCCAAAGCUGUUGAGAACUAUCUGAUUCAAAUGGCUCGUUUUGGACAGCUGGGAGGAAAAAUUUCAGAGUCAGGAUUGAUCGAGAUCCUUGAAAAAGUCAACAAACAGACAGAAAAAAAGACAACUGUUAAAUUCAACAGACGGAGGGUGAUGGAUUCGGAUGAAGAGGAUGAGGAUGAUUAUUAACUCAACUGAAGUUGUUGGAAGAAAUCUGUGCAGCGACUCUUCAACAGUCUUCUGAGUCUUGUUUCUUCAAUAAACAGUGGCCCACCCGUUGAGAGGACUAAUGCACUGCUCGAGUGUCGCUUCAGACAGUGAUCAAUGACAAUAUGGCCGCCAUAAAGUAUGUCUAGCUUUCAUCCGAAGCUUUUUGGUUAGGUGUCUUCCGGAGAUGGUGGUAAACACUGGCCAUCAAGUAACACUCAUGGUUCAUACUGGUUUGUAUUUUAGUUUCAUUUUUGUUCGGGGGUGGAUUUUUUCUCCCUCUCUAGAUAAGGCAAAAGGCAUCAAAGGUUUUGGUAGAUUUCGCACUUUUCUGCUGUUUCCUCCUUCCAUCAAAACAUCUAUUUUGGAUGUUGCACUUGGACAUUUUCUCCUCAUGUAUUUGGAUUGUUUACAAAAUAAAUAAAAUGCCUUAAGUUCCUUUGUUCAGCAU